UAAAGGGGCUUCAGUUUGCAGGAUGGCUUGCCUCUGAGCGCAGCAGGAUUCAGGUGGCAGAUAAAGAAAGUUUGUCGAACGAAAAUGUCCUCACCGGGGUCCAGACGGAACAGUUGCCGUGCAGCUGUGUGUGGAAGCCGGGCAUCAUCCGAGUGCCACAACCGUCGCCGGAGCUCCAGUUGUUCUUACUUUUCCUCCGGAGCGCAACCUGAAGACUUUUCCGUCAGUCUGAGCCAGCCGAUAUUUACGAUAACGCUCCGGUUUUUGCUGGCGAUCGAUCUGUGGCUGUCCAAGCGGCUCGGAGUGUGCGCCUGUGAGGAGUCUGCGUGGGGCUCCUUAAGGCCCUUGGUGCGCCUGGUGGAGUUCUCCGGACACAGCUUCCCGUGGCUCGUCGGCACCGUGUACACUAUGCUGCGUGGAGACAGCGUGGAGGAGCAGGAGCUCAUGCUGAAUCUGGCUCUGGCUCUGGUUUUGGACCUGCUGCUCGUCCGACUUGUGAAGACAAUGGUCAGGCGUCGAAGGCCAUCCCAGAACCGCUCUGACAUCCUUUCCGCCUUCUUCGUGGAGCGCUACUCCUUCCCAUCGGGCCACGCUUCGAGGGCGGCCAUGUUGGCUCGCUUCUUCCUCGCCCAGCUGGUGGACACGGCCUCCAUGCGGGUCCUGGUGGUGGGCUGGGCCGCCCUGGUGAGCCUGAGCCGACUGCUGCUCGCCAGGCACUAUGUGACAGACGUGGGCUUUGGCCUGGCUAUGGGCUACUGCCAGUACAGCCUGGUGGAAAGGUUGUGGGUGACUUGGGACUGCCUGCAGGACCUGCUGUUCCUGCCACUGAGAGAGAGACUCAACUGGGCUUACAGCGGACUCUGGAUGGUGGAUUGGAAACAUUUAGGUUAGGUGGAGGCGUGUGUCGACCUGUGUGGGGAAAAUGUGUAGCAUGAGCGUGGUGUGUGUGUGAUUCAGAAAUCUCCCGCUUCUAUAAAAAGUAGCCCUUUUUAUUAUUAGAUUACAGUCAUUCUAGUUAUAUUUCUUGAUUUCUAUCAGUUUUACAUGUAUUUGUUUGCAUUCUGUCUUGUUUUUUUCUAUGCAGCUUGUUUACACAGUAGUGAUUGAUUGAUGAUGCAUGGACUUAAUCUCACCAGGCUAAAUGACUAUUUUUUAUAUCUGUAUAUACAAAGCCAAUUAAAGAAAGCUGUGUGUCUUU